UUCAAUCCACUACAAACACCCAUGUAAUGUUGUUGCUGUUUUUCAAGCUCCAAAUGCAGCAGUAACAUUCUGUAUACGGGUGUAUGGAAGGAUAGGGCAAUUAUUGCUCCCGUUGAGAGCAACAAGAUUGACUGAUUCUCAACCAUAAACAAGGCAAAGUUUUCUGAAGCUGUAUAUAGCCAGAUUUGUGUUAUGGACUGACAAAUGCCAAAGUGCAAAAUUGUUGGCUUAUAGUGAAUUAUUUCCCUCAUUUUUUUAGAUGAACUAUAGCAUUUUUAGAUAAACUCAUUUGAGUUUCUUUAGAUGAGAGCAUCUGCUAAAUCUCAAAUCAGAUGGCUCUUGGUACAGGGACCAGUUGCGCAAACCUAUCCAAUAUAAGACUAUGUCUUAAGAUCUUAGCCGGGGGUAAUCAGUCUCUUUUUUUUAUUUUUUUUAUUUUUUAGAUUCAAAUUAGACCAAUCUACCUUUUUGUAACUGACUUUAAAAUUUAUGACCAAAGAAAUUAGACAAAAAGGCAAAAACCAUGAAAUGAGUUAGCAUUUUGUACCUCCAGUUCCAUUGUCCUGAAAUCAGUGUGUUUUUUUUGAGCGGGUUUGUGGUUAAAUGCCUGAAAUAAGGACUGUGGUUAACUUGAGUUUUCCAGUUUUAUUCUACACAUCAGUACCCACUUGUGUGUUUUUGUUAAGCUUUCACUUAUCUUUAAAAAAAAGGAGGAAUUCAGAAACAUUAUUCGUCAUUGCACUGAACAGGAAAACUGAUACUCAAUAGCUUGUUUCAGCCUCGUUGUAAACUAUACUAACUCAAACCUUCAGGGAAAACAUUUGUGGAAGCUUGUAAAGUGGUGAUGUUCAAGUGUGGUUUGUUUCUAGCCUUUAUAUAGGUUUUCACUCCUGCUGUUUACAUUCAUGCUUCAAAAUUCAUAAAAGUUAAUUUACAAAGAUUAGCAUGAUGAACAAAACAUGUACGAAUAAUAAACUUUUGUUUGUCACCUCAUUUUCUACCAUUUUUGGGGCAUAGUCUCUAUUGAUUUAUGAAAAUAAUUAAAUGCAAAAUAAACAGCAUACAUGUUUGGAACAAGGGUGAGAAAACACUGAAUGUGCAUCCCAGUUUCAUUGAAUUGUGUACUUUUUCCAUGAAUCCGUCCUUAUUGUGGACAUACUGAGUAGAAGAAUCAAGUUGAGCAGGAAACUCUAUAUGGGUCUCCUCCCCUUGCUUUGCUUUCUCUUUGUUCAAAUACCAAUACCUGAGGCACAACAAGGAAGAGCAUUCACUUUGUCAAUAGUCUUUCGCUCUUACAACUUCAACGUUUUCCUCCCUUUAAUUGCAGAUGAAUCACCUUUGUUCUGUAAAAGAUGAGACGACGACAAAUCUUGGCUGUAUGUCUGGCUGUGUUGGGCCUAUGCGGUACAAUCCUGGUGUGUGCAUUGCCUAUGUGGAAAGUGACAGCCUUCGUGGGAGCAAACAUCGUGACAGCACAGGUUUUCUGGGAAGGCUUGUGGAUGAACUGUGUCCUGCAGAGCACCGCUCACAUGCAGUGCAAAGCGUAUGACUCCAUCCUGGCUCUGACUCAAGAUCUCCAGGCAGCUCGAGCAUUGAUGUGUGCCUCUAUCGCUGUCAGUGUGGUCGCCAUUGGACUGUUCGUUGUCGGAGCCGAUUGCACCAACUUUUACAGAGAAGAGCGGCUUAAGAAGACUAACACUGGAAUAGCAGCUGGUGCAGUCUUUAUAGUUGCAGGUGUGAUGUGCCUUAUUGCUGUCAGCUGGUCGGCGUAUGUUAUCAUUGUGGACUUCUAUAAUCCUCAAGCAAUAUCGGGGAGAAAAGGAGAGCUGGGAGCCUCCAUCUAUGUAGGAUGGGUGGCCGGUGUUCUGUUGAUUGUAGGUGGUGGGCUGCUCAUCAGCACAUACUCCAACCGAUGUUGACCAGAUUUGUUGGUUAAGCCUCAAGUGACUCAAGUGAUGUGCCUGAUUGUGUCUGUAAUAUCAUGGAGUCUCUUUCCUGAUGACUGUUUUACGUUUUCAUGAAUUUAUAAAUCCUUUGGUUAUGUCAACCUGUGGCAUAUGGACUCAACACUUCAGUAUUUGUAGAAAUGCCAGUUGCACAAGGGAAAGCAUCAAAGUUAGGACAUAUGUAUAUGUUGCAUUACGUUCCUGACUGUUUGUACAAAUGAAUAUAUAAAUUCAUUUUUAAUUAGUGAUUUAGAACAUGUUAAAUAAUAUAGGCAUAUCAAGGAAAGUACAUUUUUAUAGCACAUUUCAUACAAAUUGUAUGAAUGGUAGGCCUACUUUAAAAAAAAAAAAAGGUAAUUCAAAGUGCUUUACAGAAAGAAGAUUAAUACAAUCUGUGAUCAUAAAAAGGAAAAAUCAUAAUCAUAAAAAUAAUAAAAAUGAAUAAAUUAGCUGAAAUGAAAAUUAUAUAUAAAAAUAAAAGGAAGAUUUAAAAAGAACAGUGCAGUGCAAUUGGUACAGCACACAGUGUAUGAAAAUGUUUAUUCUUUAUUUUGUCACAAUUUGCAGGCUCAAAUGAAGUUUUUUAAUCUGUUGUAUGUAAUCAUGUUGUAGUGUUGUCAUUAGAUGUAUAUUUAUUAAACUUUUUUUUUUAAGAUUUCAGUUCGCCUUAGACUUACCAACUAGUAGCAAACAAUAUUUUCAAUAUUUGAUCUUAUUUGAUAAAAAUGUGACCAAAAUGUUAAAUAAAUACUAAUAAUUAAUGUACU